AUGCAGUUUUCCAAGUACAUAGGUAGCGUGUUUACUUACGCAGGCGUCAGAUCCGGGACAAUGCAGCCGCCCCAAAUCAUUACACCAAAUAACCGCGUUCUGCCCGCAAAGGAUCUUCGCCCGCAAGUCAUUCUGGCUUACAGACAAUCACCUUGUAUCAUUGGCGGCAGGCUUCACGAGAAUUUGAUUCACCAUGACUGCGUUAACCCUGCAAGUGCGCGCGGCAAGAAUGAAAGGAUCACAUUGGCCAAUGACAACACCCACAUAAUCUUACCUGCCGUCAUCCUAACCAUUUGCUACAAACUAAAGAACGCCCAGUCCAAAUCCCAACAUUCAUAG